CAAUAGGCAGCCCCGAAGCCUGCCCAAGCCAUUCCUCCUUCCCUCCUUCCUUCCCUGCUGCAUCUCUACCUGGGCGCAGGGCUCCAGGCGGCGGGGAGCUCCUGCCAAGCCCGCCCUCCGCAUUAACCAGGGGAAGGGGAGCGCGGGGGAGGGAGAAGCCGCAGAAGCACCAGCCUCUCGGAGGAAAGGCAUCUCCUUUGCUUCCUUUCCCUUCUUUCUCCUUUGCUUCUCUUCCACGAAUUCCUCCGGAGCCCAUACAAAAGACUCUUCUCCUCCUCCUUCUCUUUCAGCCGCGGCUCUCAGAAGCAGGUUGCAUUUUGAACAAUCCUGGUCUUCAGUUCAAAAACAGAAGAUGGAAGAGUCCAUAGAACUUUCACCUGAUGGGAACUCUCUGAUAAAAGCUGUCUAUCACAGAAGACUUCGUCUCACAAGAUUGUUGCUAGAAGGUGGGGCCUAUAUCAAUGAAAGCAAUGACCGUGGUGAAACCCCUUUAAUGGUUGCUUGUAAAACCAACCACGUGGACCACCAGAGUGUCAGCAAAGUCAAAAUGGUGAAAUAUCUUCUGGAAAAUAAGGCAGACCCAAAUAUCCAGGACAAAGCUGGAAAGACAGCCUUGAUGCAUGCGUGUGUGCAGAAAGCUGGUCCUGAAAUCAUCUCCUUGCUGCUUAAAAGUGGAGCAGAUGUGAGCCUGCAAGAUCAUUCUGGCAAUUCCGUCCUUGUUUACUCAGUGAACUCAGAGGAUAAAGAAACACUGAAAGUUCUUUUAGAUGCUUGCAAAGCAAAAGGAAAAGAAGUGAUCAUCAUUACAAAAGAUAGGUCUCCAUCUGGAAAACAAAGAACAAGGCAAUAUUUAAAUGUACCUCCACUUGACAGCGAUGAAUCUCAGUCUCUAGAUUCUUGCACUUCCCCAUCAGAUGUAGAAGUUAAAACAUCUCCAUCUCUAUCCACAAACACAAGCCAAAAAGAAAACGCUCUCUUUAACUUUAAAGAAAACCCUGGAAGAAAGGAAGAUUCACCUGAACCACAAUCGCCUUCAAGGAAAACACACAAUGGACCUCAAACGCAAUAUGCGUUCUCUGAACCUUGGAUGAAGACCAAUUCUUCAAUAGUGGGACAGAAUCAAAUACGAUCUUUACAAGAAGAGCUUCAGGAUAUAACACCCGAAGAAGAGCUGUAUCUUAAAAUUAACAGUCUAGCCCUAUCUAAGAGGUUUAUCACUAGACAUCACAGCAUUGAUAUAAAAGAUACCCUUAAUUUCUUGAAAAACUUAGAGCAAACUUCCUCAAGAAAAAUGUCCGGUGAUGAGAUAGGUUCUCAUCUGCUCUCCGGUGAGAUCAAUCGAAAUGAAAUUCCUGCAGAGCAGAAUUCAGAUUCAGCCCAAACAAGUUUUGUAUCCACACUGAAAAGCAUUGUUCACAGGAGAAAUUUGGGGGCAAAUCACUACAGUUCUGAUUCACAGUUGACAACUAGCUUAAGUCCCCUUACAGAAGACAGCAAAUUGCUCCUUGGAAAGAAAAAGCUUCUCUCCCAGACACCAUCCCUGUCAUCUAGUUCCAGAGAACUGAUUGAAAAUAUGCCUCCCACUUUCUUGAACAGGAGAAAUCAUGCUAUUUUAGAGAGACGGGGUUCGGACCACACUGCUUUGGCUAGACCUGGUUUUCUUCCUCCUUUAAAUGUGAACCCUCAUCCUCCAUUUUCUGAUAUACACAAGAUAAAUUCAUUUUCUUGUGGGCAAAAAACCCUAAUUCCAACUGCACCAGCUUACCCUAAGGAUUUCAAAACUAAGACUCUCUUGACACGGAGGCAGUCGUUGCAGACUGAGCAGAUAAAGCAGCUGGUGAAUUUUUAGCUGAUUACGAAGCAACAGCUGUAAAUGGCAUUUUAACAACUUGAUGUUUUUGAAGUAUGAGAGUUGGCCUCCCAAGUUUCUAUGUUAACAAGGCAGCAGUUCCAUAUCUCUUACUCAGUACCAAACAUUUUCCUUGAGCUUCAGCUGUGAAAAAGAUGCUUUUGUUGGCUAUGGAUAAAAUAUGGUGCAAAAUAUCUCUGCCUUCACCAUAACUUUCAUAGUAAGAAACUAUGGGUAUGAUUCCUCAUUGCUGCACAGCGAAUAUAACUAUUUUUUGGAUGAGGCAAGACUUUGAGGCAAUGUUUUGAGUUUGUUAAUGCAGUAGAGUCUUGCUUAUCCAACACAAACAGGUCGGCAGAACGUUGGAUAAGCGAAAACGUUGGAUAAUAAGGAAGGAUUAAGGAAAAGCCUAUUAAACGUCAAAUUACAUUAUAGUUUUACAAAUUAAGCACCAAAACAUCAUUUUUUACAACAAAUUGACAGAAAAAGCAGUUCAAUAUAUGGUAACGUUAUGUAGUAAUUACCAUAUUUACGAAUUCAGCACCAAAACAUACAGAAUGUUGGAUAAGUGAGACUCUACUGUACUAAGCAUUGUCUUUUAUGAGACUAGUGGUGCUUUAACUUGUGUUUCAGCAGCUAUUAAAAGAUUAAAACUCAGGCAGUGCAAUUGAGAACGGGACUAUACUUUUGCCUAUGGCAUGCCUAUGGAUGAAAGAUGAUUAAAGUCCCUUCUAUACUGCCAUAUAAUCCAGAUAUUGAAAUCAGAUAAUCCACAUUAUCUGCUUUGAAUUGGAUUAUAUGAGUCUACACUGCCAUAUAAUCUAGUUUAAAGCAAUAAUCUGGAUUUUAUAUGGCAGUAUAGAAGGGGUCAUAGUCUCCCGGUCCUCAUUAGUCCUGCUGUUGUCUUCUUUUCCUGCUGAAUUCUACUUCGUAUGUAUGGUAGUUGAAUGUACUUAAGCUCAUUGGUUUCAGUAGGCUUAGUCAUACUUCAUUGUGGCUACAGUCUAUUAUUCUUAUAUCAAAGUAUAAUUUUUGAAAAGGUUAUAAAUAUCUUUGCAAAGGCAAAUGCACACUGAGGAAAAUUAUAUAUAUUUAGCAACAAUUUUAAAGUGGGGUAUUUGAACCAUAAAAUGUACAGCAAUGUAUAAAAGAGCUAUGAUUUGAUCUAGUUGUUGAUCAAUGGAAGAAAUGGUUUGAAAUUCAAAAUACAUUUUUCAGCCUUACAAAGCAAAUGUUAUCCUCUCUAGCUCUGUGAAGCUUUUAGUGUUGAUAUAUCAAUAUAUAAAAUAUUUAUUUAUUUAUUUCAAAAUAACUGUGGAGGUGAUAAAAGUCAACCAGAGGUGUAUUUCAUGAUUGAGUGACUGAGUUUUGAAAUGUAUUUCAACUAUUGUUGGCAUUCAGACUUAUUCUGGUCCUGGUAUUUAACAGUAUGGAACUUUAAAUGAACAGGAUCUGGGGGCGUGCAGAAACCUUAUAUUUUGGACACUUAAAUUAUAAUUCCAUGUUCUUAUAGUGGCAAAGCUUUGAAAUUCAUGAGAAGAGGGGGGAAAGCCCAUAGGAGCAUAAAGUUAUCUAUUAGUCCAAGUGCACUUUGAUUAUGGUUUUAUUGAACAGCACUGUAAAAAGAACACACUAUGAACUUUAUCCAGUUACAUCAUUGUGCUAAUACAAAGCCCAUUGUGCCAGUGGCUCUGUGUUUUCAUAGUGGUAUAAAAAGGGAUGGUUGCAAGUGGUUGUGGAAGUGUCUACAUAAACUCUAAUGCAGUUGCUUUGCAGAACCUCUUGUAAUCCAGUACAGUUGCACUAUUUGGGAUUGUAGCUUUGCUAGUGUUAUCUGAAUUUAUAUCUCUGUGUUUAUCAAAACCACCUGGAGACCCACAGUUCUUGUUUUUAUGUGUCCUUAUUUCUUGCUUUCAUUCUUUAAAACCUUACAAUAAAACAUUGAUGUUGUUGGAAGAGAUGAGAAAAGGCAUAAAUAAGGCGAAA